AUGGAUACGAAGCAGUACCUGCUGUUCGGCCUUCUCCUGUGGCUCUACUACCCUUUGGCUGAGUCCCGCUGCCCCAAAGCCUGCACCUGCGCCCUGAAGCUCGGCAAGAAGACCGUCCACUGCUCGGGCGGCGCCCUCUCGCUCAUCCCCGUGUCCGAAAUGGACACCAACACCCACGAAUUGGUGGUCACAGCGCCCCCUGGAGGACCCCCCAACAACAUCACCAUCGGCAGGAUCUUCCUCAAGCAGACGAACCUCGAGGUGGUGAGGAUCACGCGUUCCAACGUCCCCGCCAUCGGGGACAGGACGUUCUGGCCCGGCAGGCGGAUGAGGGUGCUGGACCUCAGCCACAACGCCAUCACUUUCUUGAGCGAGUCGGAUUUCGUGGGCCUCAAGAACCUCCAGGAGCUGUACCUGAGCGACAAUUUGAUUUUCGCUUCGCCCUCUGCCCCUUUCCGUCAUCUGAUCAGUCUUCGGAAGUUGUCCUUGGCGAGGAACAAGCUCCAGACAUUGGUUCCCAGGUUAUUUUAUUUGCUGUCACAUCUCGAGGAACUGGAUUUGAGUGGCAAUGCCUUGAGGAACAUUGAGUACGAAAACCUCCAAGACGUGAAAGCACUGAAGGUCUUGAAACUCGCCAACUGUCGCCUUUCACACUUACACCCCAUCAUUUACCAACAGCUGCCUCUGUUGGAAGAACUAGACCUCAAAGACAAUUUGAUCGCGUCUCUAGCACCGGCAGAAUUCCGCCAUUUGUCCAAACUUUCGAUUCUACAUUUGGAUGGGAAUUUACUGAAGAGCAUAACUGAUGGAACAUUCCACGACCACAAGUUAAGCAUUCUUGGACUGUCUAGGAACAUUAUAUCAGUGCUAUCAGACCAUGCUUUCAUUAAUUCAUCAGUGACGUUUCUAGAUUUGUCUCGUAAUAGGUUAGAUUAUGUUCUCAGAGAUACAUUCCAGCCAUUGUCCCACGCGCUUGAAGUCUUGAACAUCAGUUUCAACGAUUUGGGAAAUCAAGCCUUCUCAUCAAUUGUGUCUCCUUUAGAGUCUCUUAAAAUUCUCGAAGCUAGUAACCUGAUGGUGAGUUAUUUAUCUCCAGACACCUUCUCGCACAACUACCAGAUUAAACGCCUCAACUUGUCAGGGAACAGCAUUGUGAGUCCCCACCCUUCUUCACUGUCGCAUUUGGAACAACUUGAAGACCUGGAUUUGAGUUUCAACGCCAUGCCACUGCUGAGCGUGGAAUUUUUGCAAGGGUUGGACAACAUCACGUCGCUGAAGGUGCUCCGCCUUCACGGCAACCCUUUCGAUUGUUCUGAUUGCUUUAUCGAACCGUUCAUCCAAUGGUUGAAUGCUUCUCAAAUAGUUGAACAAAAUUGCUCAACCGACGAGUGUCUGACUUGUCGGUUUCCUCCAGAGAUGAAUGGACACCUCCUCACUAGGGUCUCUCCAGAUGACGUGUGGUGCAGUGGGGGUGUGUAUGAGAGACAAUUUUUGGCCUACACGUCUCAGAUAGGCAUGAUCGUUGCUGUGUCAAUCAUUGUCAUCAUCGUUUGUAUCAUUCUAAUCAUUAUCAUCAUCUACCGCCGCCACAUUGCACAUUACUACACGGGUGAAGAGGAAAGAGGAUGGAAGGGCAUGUACGAAAAUCCAGCCCUAGCGCCAUCUGGUGGGGUCCAUUACCGCGAUGACAAGCCGACGUUUAUUUCGUCUUCAGACAAAGUUGACGAAAACAUUGAAGAAUUCCGCUCGUCGAGCAUUAUGCGCUGAAUGAAAAGAAUGAGCAUGAGUUUACAUGGCAUGAUUGAUAAUCGAUUGUGGAAUGCUCCAACUGAUGGCAUGAAACCACAUCUUUCUUCAAGUCCCUUUGCAAAAGCGGCGAAGAUUCUGGGGAAUGCAAGGAAGGUUAAAAAGUUGGAAGUUCAAAAAUUUUAAACUUUUUCAUGGUUUGGAAGAUAUUCUCACUGCCCUGAUCGCUUUUAGUGUAGUUUCGUUUCUUGCCUUCUCUAUAAAUAUUUUUCAGAGUUUUUAAGUCUAAUUGUUUAGACCUUAAAGUAAAAAUAUUAGAUCAUCAUCUCAUACC